AAAGAGAGAGUAGCAAACUCUCCAAUUUUAAAAAAUUAAAAAAAAAAAAAGAAUAGAAAUUUCCCUGAAUCUAAUAAUUGUGGAUGAAAAUAUCCACACAAAGGGCUAUUAGAUACAUUGAACCUGGACAUGUUGAUUUUGGGUCUAUAUAACAAACUCUUCCCACUAAACGGGAUAUCACAAACUCACAAAUCAAUUAAUCAAUCUCCCCCUUUAUCUCAAAUUACAACUACUGUAGCCAUGUUUUCCACCAUUGCUGUUCCUUCCGAUGCACAUCGACGAGAUAUCUUCUCCUCCGCGCCGGAGGCAGAGGUGCUAAGAAGAAGAAACGAGGAAUUGGAGAAGGAACUGAAGAAGAGCAUUGAAAGAGAAGAGAAAAUGAGAGCGGAAUUGAAUAAGACAUGGGAGAGGCUGAAGGUGGCAGAGGAGGCGGAGGAGCGGCUUUGUUCUCAGCUGGGUGAACUCGAAGCUGAGGCUGUUGAUCAGGCUCGGGCUUACAGGACACGUGUCAUCAAUCUGAUGGAUCAACUCUCUUUGGCUCAGAAACUUCUUCAAUCAGCUUCUGUUACCGUACCUAAUUCCCAAUGAUGGCGUUUGGCCAUGAAAAUUCUGUUAAAAAAAAAAUAGAAGUAGUUUUUGGUUUUGAAGGUGAAAAAAAUUAUGUUUGAAAAUUAGAGUUCUUAGUCGUGAAUAGAAGUUAAAGUUGUAUUUGAAUUUUAAUGAGUAAUUUGAAGUAAAAA